AUGAUGGAGCGCGACUUGUGGGGAUUCUUCGAUGGAUCGGCAUCGAAGCCCACGACGGACGCUUCAACCGCGGAGAAGGAAGCGUGGGUGCGCAAGGACAAAAAGGCGUUUGCCUUUCUUGUCUCCAAGCUAAGCCUCCAACUCGUCCCGAUCGUGAGCCCUUGCAUCGACCGUGACGGCGCGACUCGUGAAGCGUGGAAGCGACUCGAAGGAGAGCACGUCUCCAAGUCACUUCAUAGCAAGCUUCAAGCGCGCCUCGACUUCUUCACGGUGCGGAUGAAGGACGGCGAGUCAAUACGCGCGUACGUUAACCGCGUGGAGGAGCUUGUCGAGCGUUUGGUGGAACUCGACGCGAGCGUGGAGGACAACGAUUGGAUCAUGACGCUCCUCGCGGGCCUCGGUGAAGCAUGGUCAACGGUGAUCACGAUGUUGGAUGGGACGCAAGAUACAUGGAAGAAGGAGCAAGUGGUGGCACGCCUCAUCAACGAAGAGGCGAGGCGCGCGAAGUUGCAUGGCGAUGCAAUCGGCGCGGCACACUUCUCCCGCGAUGCGAAGGCGAAAGGGUCGGGUCACUUCAAGCGGCGCAACGACGGCAACAACCGCGGGAGUUCGAACGGGAGCGCGGCGACCUCAAGCUCAUCACGAGGAGGAUCGGCCAACGCCAAUCGAGCUCGGGCGCGAGAUGGAGCUUGUCGGUUUUGCAAGAAGACGGGACAUUGGUGGCGCGAUUGUCCCGUUAAACCGGCAAAUUGGAGGCCGUCUUCAAGUGACGACAACCGGCGCGCGCAUGUGGCGACAUGCGACAACAACGACCGGGAGUUCGUCUUCGUCGCAAGUGGAACGACCGUCGGUGAUGUUGACGCGUGGGUACUCGAUACGGGUGCUACUCAACACAUGACGGCGAGCGCGACGCUUCUCAACAACGUGACAACGGUGGCUCCCGUUAGGCGCGUGAUGUUCGGCAACCGUGACACCUUGGAUGUCACGGGACAAGGCGACUUGCGGCUCAUGGUGGACGGCGGUCCACUCACCAUCAAGAACGUCUUGGUGGUUCCCGGGCUCGGCGCCAACCUCCUAUCCGUUUCUCAAUUUACACGCAAGGGGAUGCGUGUGAAUAUUGAAGGGACCACGAUGGCGUUGAGCACGGCGGACGGCGUACACAUCGGCACGGCACGCCAAGCGGGAGGACUCUUCAUGCUCGACGCUCUUCCGAGCGUGGCGAGGGCUCAAGCGGCUACCUCGACAACAACUCUCUCGACGUGGCAUAAUCGUCUCCUCUCCCAUGCUCACGCGGAGAAGCAUUGGUGGGGUGAGGCGGUUACGUUGGCAACAUGGAUUCGCAACCGGUGCGUGACCAAGGCGUUGCCGAACACGACGCCUCUUGAGGCUUGGAGCGGUACGAAGCCGGACGUCACCGACCUUCGCACGUUUGGGUGUACGUGCUACUACCAUGUCCCGGAUGCCACACGGACCAAGCUUGAGGCGAAGGCGCGGGUGGCGAUGUACUUGGGUCCAAGCGCGGAUCACAAGGCGUGGCGUGUGUGGGACUUGGAGCACGGGAAGCUCGUGGUGUCGCGCGACGUGGUGUUCUACGAAGACACCUUCCCGUCCAAGUUGAUGCACGUGCCCUCGGUCAUCAUUGUCCCUCCCCCCUUGGAUGCCGCGGAUGAGGCGGAUGUUGCUCCUACGGCUUCUCCUCCUCGUACGAGUGAGGGGGAGAAUGGAUCGGGUGCGGUUGGAGUGAGUGCGGAUGAAGAACAUGCCAAGGAAAGUGACCCUUCAUCUCCUCCUCCUAAAAUCACUCCCACCCUCGCAUCCACUCGCACUCGGAGGACUCCUCGUCCCAACUCCAAGUUGGAUGACUACUCUCUUGUGGCGGGGGAUGAUAAGGGAGGGGGAGAUGCUAUGUGUCUUGAGGCAUACACCGACACACCGUCCACCUACCAAGGCGCCAUGAGCUCGGCGGAAGCGGCGGAAUGGGAACGUGCGCUUCAAGCGGAGUACGAUUCGCUCAUGGCGAACGACGUCUACGAGCUCGUCCCCAUGCCCCCCGGCGCCUACCUCGUUGGCUCUCGUUGGCGGACGUGA